UUUCCUCCGCAGCCGGGUGGUGCGUCGGGAGCGCGCGCAGGCAGGACGGUACCGGGGGCUUCCGCCUGAUGGAGACGGGCUGAGGAGACGCGAGAGAGGAGGGACAAGGUCCGUCCAGCGGAGACCACCUCGGGCAGCCCACCGCGUGGACUGCAUACGAUCCACGGGUGGGAGGGAGGGAGCGAGACACCCGAGAUCCUCCAUCACCUGAAGGCCAUUCUACUUCCACGCUCUCCUGCGUGUCCUGCAGGGUUUCUCUUGUGCCCGACAUGCUCGCUCCCGAGGCAGCGUAGCCGGAGGUGUCCAGAGGAGCGCUCGGUGUGAGCGUGUGCAGGUCGCCUGCUCGCCGCCCAGUGAUGGGCUCCGUGGGUGCAGAGCGCCGCAGGCCCACACCGGCCCAGAUGCCCGAGGAGAGGGAUGUGUGGAGGGAUGAUGGAGGACGAGCCGGGUGGAGGGACGGAGGCAGGGAGGGCUGGAGGGAGGGCAGAGAGAGCGGCGUGGUGCAGAGCUACAGUUUCGACUCGUACCAGCUGGAAGAGGAGGAGAUCAGUAAAGACGCCCCGGAGCGAGGAGUGCUGGCGCUUUCUGAGCCCGACUUUGAGGAGCCGAUCCCUGACGACCGUUACCAUGGCAUCUACUUUGCAAUGCUAUUGGCUGGUGUGGGUUUCCUGCUUCCCUACAACAGCUUCAUCACUGACGUCGAUUACCUGCACCACAAAUUUGAAGGGACGUCCAUAGUGUUCGACAUGAGCCUGACGUACAUCCUGGUGGCUCUGCUGGCCGUCAUCCUCAACAACGUGCUGGUGGAGCGAAUCAGUCUGCACACCAGAAUCACUGUGGGUUACAUAUUGGCUCUGGGGCCGCUGAUCUUUGUCAGCGUGUUCGAUGUGUGGCUGGCCAAGUUCACCACCAGGCAGGCUUACGUCGUCAACCUGGCGUCAGUGGGAGUGGUGGCUUUCGGGUGUACAGUGCAGCAGUCUAGUUUCUAUGGUUACAUGGGGAUGCUGCCCAAGAGGUACACACAGGGCGUGAUGACUGGAGAGAGUACUGCGGGCGUGAUCAUCUCCCUGUCGCGCAUCUUCACCAAGCUGCUGAUCCCGGACGAGAGGACCAACACGCUCAUCUUCUUCCUCGUCUCCAUCAGCAUGGAGAUGCUCUGCUUCCUGCUUCACCUGCUCGUCCGCCGCUCUAAAUUCGUCUGCUACUACACCAACCACGCCCAGGUCAAAGGGCAGGUUAAAGGUCAUGACCCGCACGACAGCGGGACAGGAUACCGAGUUCACCAUGACGUCACCGCAGAGGAAGUAAGAUUUGGAAAUGGUGGGACAGGACCGACCCCGACAGAGGAAGUCGUCGAGGACUUUGAGGGCGGCACGUAUGUGCGGUUCGACGCCCCCAAAGCCAAGUUAAGGAGGAGCUGGCCUGGUUUACGCGACAUGAUCUUGCAUCGUUACGUGGUGGCCCGUGUGAUCUGGGCCUACAUGCUGUCCAUCGCGGUGACCUACAGCAUCACCUUGUGUCUGUUUCCGGGGCUGGAGUCAGAAAUACGGAACCCCACCUUAGGAGAGUGGCUGCCCAUCCUCAUCAUGGCCACCUUCAACAUGUCGGACUUUGUUGGCAAGAUCCUGGCAGCGCUCCCGUACGACUGGUCCGGGGGCCGCCUGCUCUUCUUCUCCUGCCUGAGGGUGGUCUUCAUCCCUCUGUUUGUCAUGUGCGUGUACCCGGCCGGCGCGCCCACGCUGUCCCACCCCGCCUGGCCGUGUCUCUUCUCCCUCCUCAUGGGAGUCACCAACGGCUACUUCGGGUCCGUGCCGAUGAUCCAGGCUGCGGGCAAAGUGCCGCCCGAACAGAGGGAGUUAGCAGGGAACACCAUGACCGUCUCCUACAUGACGGGCCUGAUGGUCGGCUCCGCCGUGGCCUACGCCGCGUACAGCUUCGCUGCUCCGGGACCAGGGACGCACGUCUCCACACUCAACACGCACACACCGCCCAACGCUACCGCCUACUGAAUGUCCACACGCCAUUAAGCACGGUCACGGAUGUAAACACACAUACGUGUGUACACACACACACACUCACACACACACACAGCCAUUUGCAAACAAAAGAUCCCGGCCAGGAGAAGCAGCGGGGGACAGAAGGACAUCUGUAAAGAACUAUUUAAAGGUCCAUGUUUGUACUCUGAGAGGCGUAUUUGCCCUUUGUCCAGAUCGUGCUUCAAUCUGCCUCGCUGGGUAAAGAAAGUGAAAUAAGAUGCAAAGAAAACAGAAAGUUAAACAGUAAAAACGUUUCUCCACUGUGUCAUUCUGCAGCCUUUUGGUCCACUGACCUUCAAAUGUCACGGCUGUGCUUUUUGAACUUUUCCCUGGAGAGGGAGAACAUCCGUCAACAGAAGUCCUGCGAGUGUCUCACAGUGAAAAUAUUGUCUGCAUGUGUGUGCAAACCGACUGGCUGACAUUUGUAGAGUGUGAAGUCAAGUUGUCUAUCGCUGGAGGGAAGAGACUGUUUGAGGGAACCGUUCGCGUUGAGGUCACAUGAGACACAUUUAGCAUUGUUGAUAUUCAGAGAGAUGAUGUUUCUGUUGAUUCUUCCAGACCAGCUGUUACCUAAUGAAACACUCUGGAAACCUCUGACUGCCCCCUUUAAAGAACUACAACAGCAAUUUAAUUCACAUUUAUUUUAAUUAAAAAAUAAAAAGGUCCCCUUGUGUGUCAUAUUUGCUAGUUUACUGGAAUCACAUCUAAUGGGAUGAGAUGUACACAGCUGUAAGUUGAAGAGUCAUCAAACGUAUUAUAAUAAUUUACAGGAAGAGCAAAGAUGUCAAGUAACAUUUGCUCAAAGGAUUUUCUUCUAAUUUAUUUAGGACAAAUCUGUUAACAUUUUGAUUUUACUGUGCCUUAUCGGGAACAGUUUUCUAAUUCAUGACAUACAAUUAGCUGUAAAAAACAUGAUUCUCUCCUAGUAGUUAAUUCAUUUCAAUUAUAAAAAUCCACACUUUGCUCAACAGCAGACGCGUUUACUGAACUUACUCUAAAUCGACUUCCCCCACUGAGAUCCAGUCUCUCUGGCUUGUCUCCACUCAGCUGCUUUAGCAAAUCUGAAUUAGAAAAACAUCAGUUGUAUUCAUUUUCAAAUAUGAUGAACAUUAUUCCUAUCAGGAAAAAAAAAUGUAUGGAGCAAUUAUAAUUAUGUGUUACCUGUUCUUUUUAUUUAUAAUAAUGCUUAGAGAAAAGAAAAUGGGCAAAUCUCUGCCUGUUCAAUUUGGUUUCACGUUGCUUCUUGCACCCUGAGAUGAAAGGAAAGAGAAGAAAAGGUUGGUUCCUAUGAACCAGAAGACGGCAGCCGUGUCUCACGGUUGUGAUUUUGACAGCAGGGUCUGUGUUUCCCCCGCGUGCCGUCUGUGUGUAACAUUCAUGUAACCAUGUGCGACGUGUCAAGGAAAGAUUAUACGUGCCAAAAAAAGUCUGCCUGUCUGAAUGUAAUUCUGUGAACAAAUUAAACAGAAUGAAACGUGUAAAUAUAUAGAAUGAAACGUACUCAAGGUGUUUAAGACCUCCAAUUUUUUCAUACAACAGACACUAUCAGAUCCGAUUCGGUGGACACUCGUUUCCUUUUUGCUUUUCAGCCCCUCCAGCUUCUUCCUCCGUGUCUCCUGUUGGAUUCGAUAGACGUUUUAAUCAUGAGAGGAGUUCAGACUUAAUAGAUUAUGAAGGAAAAAGGCUUCUCUGUAGAGUCGUGGAGCGCACUACGACACGGCGGUGUCACCCUGCUGCAGGCCUCUCCUUUCAGAGCGGUGGGGUUGAAGGUGCAUUUAGUUAUUUAUGGUUGAAAGGUAUAUUUAUUUCUCUGGUAGAGAACUUAGGGGGGUGAGAGUGAUCCCGCAUUUCAAAGAGCUGCAUGUUAAACUCAUAUUUUUUUCAACCCUUUGAGGUGAUUUAAAGUAGAAGUUUGACAUUUGGGUAAAUUAUUCACUUUGAGAAGAUUUAACAUGAUGUAUUUCAUUCUUUUAAGUUAAUUUAAAACAUCAGCACAUGAAAAAAAUAACUGAGAAAGUAAAAUAGUUGUAUUUUUUACUGUUUAUUGAUUAGUCCCAUGUUUUGUCCAGGAUGACACAUUUUAACAUUUGAAUCAGGGUUAGCUGAUAAAGUCACAAAGACAGGAUGGAAUAUUUGGAGAACUAUAGAUCUGGAAGUAAAGAUACUUAUGAUGGGAUGAAGGUUACUCAACAUUCAAUCUCCUGAUGCUAAGGAACACAAUUAUUACUAAAAUAAACUAAACAACAAAUGUUUAAUCCUGCAUUUUACCUCAACAAGGUCUAAUAUCUGAAUAUCUAUGUGACUUCCUAUUAUCGUUUUUUCAAAUACGUAAUUUUUCUUCCAACUGACAGCCACGAAUUUAUUCAGAAACCACGUCAUGCUGACAAAGACUCAACGCCCACGUGACUGCGCACUGUGAAACACCAGGGUGGUGUAACGCAUACAAACGUUACAUUGUACAUACGUGUAUAUAUCUACUGCAACAAAACGUAUUUUGCUUGAUAUUUGUGGAAAAAAAAGAAUGGUGAUCAGUUGAAUUAUUCUUUAUUAUUAAUUAUUCAGGAUCACUAAACAAUCAAAAUCCAGCCUAUUCAUCUGUCUAUUUUAGAUUUUUGCUAAAUAUGUGCACGUUACAGAAUGGUUGAUGAACACCUGCAUUGUUUCAGCAGGAGGAGGAGAAUUGUCUAGUUUGAUGAAUCAGUGGUUAAAAAGGUUAACCGGCAUUUGAGCAAAUUGUGGCCUUUCAGCUCUUUAUGACUUCCAAUGGUAUUUAGCCUUUACAAAUACUACACAACGCUCAAUCAAAAUGUGACUAACAUCUUUCAGAAAUAUGUGUAAUUCUAUAAUGACUUAAAUGAGUUUUUGUCUUACUGUCACAUGAUUUCAGUGUCCCAGCAGUCUGUUUGUGCCAAUACAACGUUGUCCCAUUGUCGGAGCUUAAUAGAGUCGUUUUCAUCGGUG